GUGUGGACAGCCUGAAGAGGAAGAAGACGGAAGCGGUAGGUACAAACUGAAAACAGAGUUAAACAAUGUUUGGACUCUUCAACAAGCAGAAACCUGUGAAAAUUAGGGGUUGCGGCGAGAGCAGGAAGUACGGAGUUGCAGCGAAAGAUGUGAAAGAACUGCUCAGAAAAGGCUGCAAAUUAUUACAGUUGCCACUUUCUGGUGCACAUGUUUGUUUGUACACUGACGGGACGAACGUGACGGAGGAAUUCUUCCAGACUCUGCCGAACAACACUGAACUGGUUCUUCUCUCCAGAGAUCAGGCAUGGAGCGGAGGAGGUGAAUCAUACACCACUAGGGAAAAAAAAAAAAAGAAGAAGAGUAGUCUUUCUGACCACAGAGACUUUGUGUAUGACAUCGGUCAGUUACUGAGCACAGGCCUGCACAGCGAUGGCCUCAUUGAAGCGGCGAGAGGGCUCCUGUCUGAUGAGCAGGCUCCGAAGAGGCGGAAAAUCCUGACUGACCUGCUGCUGAACCUGGAGGACAGAUCAGAGCUGGAGAGCAGAGAGGAGGAUGAGGACUGGUUCAAAGGUGUUGAUACCCGAUUCAAGACAAAGUCUGCCUACAUGAAGUUCAACUGUGAAAGCAGGAUACGAGGCUACAUGAAAGAGUUGGGUGAAGCCACCAAAAGCAUACAGAAGGCUAAAGUCAAGGCAGAGUUUCAGAAAGCAUCAGAGUGCCUGGGGGAAAUGCUGAAGACCGCGAGGUACAACGGCUGCUACUUCGACAGGACCGAAAAGGAGCCAGAUCGCCUCUGUACUCGGGAAGGAUGGUUUACCUGCCAGGGAUCAUUUGACCAGGACAUGUGCCCGUCUCUUCACUCCAUCAACCCCUACGGCAGCCAGGAGAGCAGGAUCAUCUUCAGCACGUGGAAUCUGGACCACAGAAUUGAGAAGAAGAGGACGGUCAUUCCCGCUCUGCUGGAAGCUCUGCAGAAUCACAAGAGCACCAACGUCAACCUGAACUACUUCUACCGCCUGCUGUUCACCAGGGAGAACCUGAAGCUGGUUCACAUCGUGUGCCACAAGAAGGGAGCUCACAACCUGCUGUGUGACGCCAAGAAGAUUUACAGACAAGCCAGUAACACAGACAAAGGAAGACAGAAGGCUAGAGAGAAGAAGAGGCGCUUGAUGUGAAUAUUUUUAACUAAAUUUGUUUUUCAAUUGUAUGAACUGUGACAACAUGAAAUCUGUGAAUAAUUAACUCAGGUCCACUGUAACAAGAGCAGAUCCACAACAAAUGGACUUCCUGUUUUUACCUCACAUGAUUUUUCUUUUUUUAACCUGCAAUGAAUUUUUUGAGCCAGUGCAGCCUGCAGAGCUUGAAGACAGCCUGCCAGCAGUUUGUUAAAACACAAUCCAUCACACUGAAACAAACCUUUGCAAUCAUGAAAAACAUUUAUUUGUUCUUUGCGUUGGCACGACGAUGCAAAAUACAUGAACUGAUUACAAUGACAGCUUGAUGUACGAGGCAUUCACUCAGUCGGAAGGUUGCAUAGCAGAAUAUGAAAAAAGCAUUUAGCAUAAAUAAAGGCAGUAAAAAAUAUAUUGAACAUUUGAUUGGAUGAUCAAAACAAUCAGCUCACUAUAUACAAAAUACUACAAAAUGAGAACAGCACAAGUGCAAUUACUGCUGAAGUUAGAAGUCUAGAUGGCAUUUUCAAAGUCAGGUUUAAGUUCUCAAUUCAAUUACACUGAAGAGUUUUUUCAGUAACCUACCCUCUUUAGUUUGUGUUUUAAAUAUUACAUUUUUUUCAUAUAAAAUUUUCUCACGUUUGCAAAUCAGUCUGGGAAAACAGCUGCCAUAAAACUGAGCACACAAAGAUGUGUCGAGGAGGAAUAUGAGAUACUUGGUGAACGAUGGCUCAUUCAGCUUCUACAAUGAAUGUGUGAUAUUCAAAACUUUCAUCAUGAAACUGCUCUGACACACUUGUUUCUCAUGUUUAUAUAGUCUGAAGCCAGAACAUGAAUGCUGUUGCAUUUUAUAAUAUCUCAUUUGUACAUUUGUGUGAAAAAUACCUUUUUUUAAAAUUACAUUAGCUUUUUAAAAUUAUUGUAAAGGAGACCUAUUAUGCUUUUUUAAUAUGUGUUCAUACAUUUUAAAAGAACUUGCAAGUUAGAAUGGUUAAAGUCCACACCAACAGAUGCUCCUCUAUCCCACAAAAACACUGCUCCUGAAACGCCUCAUCAGUACUUACUCAGUGACUUUCUGACAUCGCACUAUGUCACAGUCAAACAUUUGCCUAAUUCAGGACUAGUGGCUAGUUUUGUACGCAAGAACUGAUUUAGCACAGCUGCUCUGUUGUUGUGGGGGACCUUAAAGAGUCAGGAGGUAAAAUAGAGAGUGUUUGAUGAUGAUCCUAUGAAAAUGAGCACAAUAUGUCUCCUUAAAUACAGCGCUAUUUGUCAUCUCUCAACGUUCAUCUCAGUCUGCAAAUGUGGACUGAUUUGUCUUAUUAAAGUGCUGUGCCAAAACACUCCAGGUAGGACAGAUGCUGACUGAACUGGAGGGGCACCGUUGUUACCACAAGUUCAGCAAUAAAUGAAUACAGUUUUA